AUUUAGUUAUAAUAUUUGUUUUUUUUCAAUCUACUUCCUAGAGAGUUUGACGUAGAUGCACAAAUUAUUUUAUUCCCACCUAACGAUGUCAUUGUUGAUUGGCUAUUUUUUUGUUUUGUUUUUUGUUUUUUUGUUUUUUUUGUAUGCGUGUGAAAUCUCGCUAUAGUCACAAAAUGAGUUUAAAUAAACAAUGAAAAUCAAUUAAUUAAGCAAUAGCGACACCAAAUAGAAGGCAAACCCCCAAUACGAAAAGGAGUUGAAGAGCAACGCAAAGCGACACAGAAAGAGAAAAAUAGACUUGUCGAUGGCGAACGGAGAUUGAGGAAUUACAUAAGGAAAACGGCCCAAACCCCUCUCUCAUCUGAACCCUUGGGUACAAGCCCUAGCUUCAUGGUCAACGGCCAAGGGAGGACCGUAACCGGCGACGAUAAUAAUAUGGAAGAACAUAUCAUCUACAUUGAAGAAAGAAAGAGAAGCUUUGGCCAAUGAAGCAACUUGUAUCCUUAGGGUGCAUGAAGGACCGCGUCAUGCAAAUGAAAAGGCAUACACACCUAAGCUAGUUUCCAUAGGGCCUUAUCACCAUGGUCAACCCAAACUACUUGCUAUGCAAAAACGUAAAGAGCGUUAUUUGGAAUCGCUCCUUCAACAUAACAAUAACCUGAGUGUGGAGCCUUACUUAGAUUGCAUGAAGAAGAUAGAAAAAUGAGCUCGCAAGUAUUAUGCAAACCCAGUUGACCACCUCAAUAGUGAUGAAUUCGUGAAAAUGAUGCUAUAUGAUGCUUGCUUUGUUACCAAGUUUGCUCUUGGUAUGUUUGAGGUUAGACAUAAACCACAAGAUGUGGGUGAUGAAGUCAAAGUAUCAUGGAUGAGAAAACAAAUAUGCAAUGAUUUGAUACUCCUUGAAACCCAACUUCCAUUCUUUUUUAUAUCUGAAUUUUAUUACAUAAGCUAUGACGUGACAAUGACCCAAAAUCCAAACCAAAAUCAUCCUGAUCCUACCUCCACCUGCACCCUCACCCUCACCCUCACCCUCACUCCCAAGAAGCUGGCUUUGUUGCCUUUCAAUAAAAAGUUAAAAAGAAUGAUUGACAUUUCCAGAAUCGAUUAUGAAAGUGCAUCUCAAAGCGAGCAUUUCCUUGACUUGAUGCGUAAUAUUUGUCUUCUCUCCUCCUCCAAAGAUGAGUCAAGUGAUUGCCAAAACAAGAAUCAGAGAAUGACUUGCUCUAAAAUCUUGUGUGUGAUAGAGCUUGUGGACACAGGUGUCAAGUUCGAGGUUAAAGAGGAGCCUAGCCUCUGCAUAUUUGAUAUAUGCUUUGAACAUUGUCAUUUUAAAAUACAAAAGUUCUCUCUGAUUCGACAUAAACAUUCUUCCGUAACAUCAUUACCUAUGAACAACAUUCCUCACAAGACGAACCCUGAUAAGAUAUCAAUCAAGAUUGAGCUGCAUAUAGCUAAGUCUGAGUCUAAACCAUUAGAUCAAUCUCAGCAGCAGCCUCAGCAGCUGCAGCAGCAGACAACACCGACUCAGUAUCAACACAGGGCUAGACUCACUCCUCUAGUGCAGCUGUAGUCUCCUCGAGCAGAGCAAUGCAAAGCAUCCAAGGCAGUUCAUCCCAUGUGCUUGACUGUCAUGCAUAAUAUCUCACAGACUUGUAAAGUUAGUAACUCACUAACUGGAGUUGGUUAGGUUUGUUAGUCUGUUAGAAUUAGAGAGUUAGUUACAUAUUGUUGUAAAAGUAAACAAUGCAUCUUCUUGAAUAAAGCAAUCUCAAUUUAUCUGUUUCUUCAUGGUAUCAGAGCUUCCAGAGCUCUCACGAGCAUUCAUCAAUUGCCGAUCAAUCAUCUUCUUGUCUUCCAUCAAACUUGAGUCUUCUCAUUUCUAAUUUCACUUCUCUAGUCGCAGUCAAGUUAGAUUCAAGUAAUUUUUUGAUAUGGAAAAGUCAGGUGCAAAAUGUGUUGCAAGCUACUAAUCUCUUAGGGUUCAUAAUUGGUACAAAUCCAUGUUCUCCAUCAGAAAUCAUCAAUUCCACUGGAAAUACAGUCUCUAAUCCAGACUUCAUCAAAUGGCAGAAAAUUGAUGCACAUCUUCUAAGUUGUCUCACUGCAACUUUGUCUCCUUCAAUUUAUUCUUCGAUUUUACAUCUUCAGCAUAGCUUAGAGGUCUGGACAGUAUUAAAAAAGAAGUUUACAUCUCUAUCUCAAUCGCAUAUUCAUCAAUUGAAGAUCAAACUUCAAACAAUAUCAAAGAAAUCUUUAUCCAUGGAAGAAUAUCUUUCUCAAAUUGAAGAUAUUUUACAUCAGCUAGCUUUGGCUUCUUCAUGAAUAGAAGAUGAGGAUUUGAUCUUGUUAACACUAAAUGGACUUCCUGAAGAAUAUGAUGCCUUCAAAACUGCCAUUUGUUCUAGAUCAGAUGUGAUCUCUAUGGAGGAACUAUGUGCUUUCCUUUGCUCAAAUCAAUUCAUGUCGAGAACAAGAUCAAGCAUAAUCAUGAUUUAACUAUGGCCUAUGCAGCCACCAAAGGAUCAUCUGGAUCUUCUGGUUUUGAAACUCAGUCAUCUUCUUCUCAGCCUGGUUCCUAUAGAGGUGUUUCAUCAUAAUCUAGAGGCCAAAAUUCUUACAGAGGUAGAUGAGGUAGAUAUAUGAGUCAGAGAGAGAGAUACAAUCACAGAGGUCGAGGCAUGUAUCAAUCCUCAUAUCAACAAUCAUCAUCCAAUGGUUGUCAGAUCUGCGGAGGACUUAGUCAUACAGCUUUUGAUUGCUAGUGUCGCAUGGAUCCUCACUACAAACCUAUGAUUUCUUCUUCUCAAUCACCACAGUUUCAGACUCAGCCAUCUACAAGGGCCUACAUUGCAGCAAUUCCUCCAAACUCUGUUUUUCCUUCUUCAUCACAGGAAACAAAUACACCUUGGUAUAUAGACUCUAUAGCUACUUCUCAUAUGACUAAUGAUCUGAACAAUCUCUUUUUCCAUCAUCCUUAUCCUAGCCAAGAUCAUGUCACUGUUGGGAAUGGCUCUUCCUUACCUAUUUCACAUGUUGGUAAAUGAUUAUUACUUACUUUUACUUUCUCUUUUCAACUCAAUAUUCUCCUCCAUCUUCAUGCUAUCACUUCUAAUCUCCUAUCUGUUCAGCAAUUAGCAAAGGAUCAUAACUGUGUCAUUGUGUUUGAUGCUAAUUCUUUUUUCAUACAUGAAAAGUCCAUGAACAAGGUCCUACAUAGAGGGACUAACGUCAAUGGACUAUAUCAGUUUAAUUGUCCUUCAUCUACAUUUUUUCCUCAAGCUCAUAAAACCUGCACAACUGCUUCUAACUCUGAAUUGAUAUGGCAUCAAAGACUAAGACAUAUCUCUCAUGAAAAGUUUCAGCACUUAGCUUCACAGCUGACUUCUUCACUUGUUUUGAAUAAAACCUUGUCUUGCAUUGAUUGUAAUGUUUCUAAAAUGCACAGACUACCUUUUACGUUGUUCAUUUCCACUGUUAACUCUCCUUUUGCACUAGUGCAUAGUGAUGUAUGAGGACCAUUUGCUUCUGACAAUUCACAAAUAAGAUCUUAUGUACUGUUCAUUGAUGAUUUUUCUAGAUUUACUUGGGUCUAUCCUUUGCUUUAUAAAAAUGAGGUUUACUUCAAAUUUCUUGAUUUUAAGGCUUAUGCUGAAAAUCGAUUACAUACAUCUCUUAAAAUCUUAGGAACAGAUAAUAUGACAGAGUUUGUCAACAAAUGAAUGGACUCUUUACUAACAUCUCAGGGCAUUAUCCAUCAAACUAGUUGUCCUUAUACUCAAGCUCAAAAUGGCAUAGGUAAAAGAAAACAUAGGCAUGUAACUGAGACAGCUAUUGCCCUUUUACAUCAUUCUUCUUUACCAAUGAAAUAUUGGUUUGCUGCCAUUGCCACUGAUGUUUUUCUCAUCGAUAAAGUGCCUAGUUCAGUUCUUGCCCAUAAGUCUUCAUUUGAAACUCUGUUUAACAAGUCCUGUGAUUUUUCCUAUUUUAAGGUCUUUGGAUGUCAGUGUUUCCCAUGGCUUCAGCCUUAUACUUCUCAUAAACUCCAACCUAACUCUCUCUCUCUCUCUCUCUCUCUCUCUCUCUUGUGUAUUCAUUGGUUAUUAUCCUACCAUCAAAGGCUAUAGAUGUUUAGAUCCACACACUAGUAAAGUCUAUGUGUCUUGGCAUGUCCUGUUUAAUGAAACAUGCUUUCCUUUUUCCAACACUUCAUCUGCUCCUGUCAUCUCUUCACCUUCACCAUCUCUUAGCUUUUUCUUUUGGUCAUCAGCUUCUCCUCCUUCUUCUCCUGGUUCUUCUGUAUCUGUGCCAUCAUCUUCCUUAUUGCCUUCCUCUCUUCCUGAAUUUGUCUCUCCUCCACCUUAUUCCAUUCAUAUUACCUCCAUUACUAUUGAUCUCCCUUUUUAGUCUAAUCCACCUCCAACACCUCGCACCACUCCUUUUCUCUCUACACUUAACUCUCAUUCCAUGAUUACCAAGUCCAAAGCCAGAAAUUUUGUUUGUCUUUAGGUUUCCACCAUUAAUCUUUCUAAUAAAUUGCUUCAUACUGAGCCAACUACUGUCAAAGAAGCUCUUCAGUCUCCUGUUUGGGUUGCUGCCAUGACAGAUGAAUUUAAAGCUCUUCAAGCUUAAGGUACUUAGACUUUGGUCCCUCAUUUCUCUUCUAAAUUGGCUAUUGGCUGUAAGUGGGUCUUUCGUAUUAAGAAGAACUUAGAUGGUAGAAUUGCCAAACAUAAAGCCAGGUUGGUUGCUAAGGGGUAUUUGCAGCAUGAAGUUAUUGAUUUUCAAGAAACAUUUAGCCCAGUGGCUAAACAACCCACAAUUAGGAUUUUUCUCUAUUUGGCUCUUCAUUAUAAUUGGUCUAUCAAAUAGUUAGCUAUAGGGGUGCAACUUGGGCGGGCUUAACCUGAGCAACCCGAGCUCAGCCUGAAUUUUUUUAUGGAUUGGACAAGAUAUUUUCAAAUUUGGUACGGGCUUGGGCAAAAAUUCAGAAGCCUGAAUUAAAUUUGGACGGGUUUGGGCAAAAACGUCAAACAACCCGAGCAACCC